CGGCGGGUCAUAUGAGCGUCAUCAGCCGCUCUUGUGCUUCACAGCAGCGGGGAGACACGCAGCACCAUGUCGGCGCCGGAUGGUUGAGCUCUGCCAGGAGGAUGGAACCCGCUGGAGCCUCAAAGUGAGCUCCACAAAACAGACCUCCUUAAACCCCAGCCCGCUGCCGCCAUGACCGCCAAGUCCACCCUGCUGAAGGUCAUCCUCCUGGGCGACGGCGGCGUGGGCAAGUCGUCCCUCAUGAACCGCUACGUCACCAACAAGUUCGACUCGCACCUCUUCCACACCAUCGGCGUGGAGUUCCUCAACAAGGAGCUGGAGGUGGACGGCCGGCGCGUCACCCUGCAGAUCUGGGACACGGCGGGCCAGGAGCGCUUCCGCAGCCUCCGCACGCCGUUCUACCGCGGCUCCGACUGCUGCCUCCUCACCUUCAGCCUGGACGACGGGCAGAGCUUCCAGAACCUCUCCAACUGGAAGAAGGAGUUCUCGUACUACGCCGACGUCAAGGACCCGGACGGCUUCCCGUUCGUGGUGCUGGGCAACAAGCUGGACGUCCCCGACCGGCAGGUGUCCGGGGAGGACGCCCGGCAGUGGUGCCGGGACAACGGCGGGCACCCCUACUACGAGACGAGCGCCAAGGACGCCACCAACGUGGCGACGGCCUUCGAGGAGGCGGUGCGGCGCAUCCUGGCGUCCGAGGACAGAGACGAGCCGCUGAUCCACACCAACACGGUUAACCUGCAGAAGAAGACUCGCCCCGAACCCAGCUGCUGUUGAUCCGAGGGACACGGGCUUUAUGGUGGACCUUUUCGCCGAGGCUACCGGCGGCUACUACUGUACAGUCCUAUAUUUUAUGCAUUUAGCUGGAUCAACCUUUUUAAAUCAAUGUUGUUUCUAUUCUCUAACUGUGUGGAGAACAUUGAUGCAUUUUUAGCUACUAACACUACAUGUCGGUCACUUCUACAGCUGUUUAAACCCAAGGGUUUCCCCUCCUCUGUUUGUAUCAGAGAUGCACCCACAGCCCAUAAAACAAACUGAUUUUAAAUACUGAAGCCUAUACAAAAAUCAUUCGUUUUUGCCCGUAGAUGCAGAUGCAGGACCCAGACUGACGUGGGCACUUGCUCACCCCCUCUGGAAAACCAAAUUUUUAUUGUUUAAUUGAGUGAAAAUGUUGAUUGAGUUAUCAUUUCUCUGUGAAAUUAUGUUGAAUGAGUCAUAUUUAUGCUUUUAUUCCAGAUUCGCUCAUAAAGUUGAAUGACUGCAACUUGUAUUUCCUUGUAGAUUAAGUCAUAAAACGUCUUGCUAAAUGAGA